CCCCUCCCUAUAAAUACUCUCCAAACCCUUCAUCUUCUUCAUAUACCAGAAACUUAAAAAACGUGUCCAUGGCUGUGUUCCCAAGGCUUCUUUUCAACCUCAUGCAACGUGUUGUCCACCAACUCUUACCCAACUCUUGCUACACAGCAGCCAAGAAGGUGAAACAAUAUGGCUUCUUUUUCAAACCCCCAUCUCUCAGAACCCCCCACCCACCCUCAUUCUCUCUCUACCCCCACGUCUCCAAAUGUAGCCUCCAAGAUAGAGCUUCCCACACUCUUGUUUCCGACUUCCAUGGCUCUCUUUUGAGACCCUCCUCUUCCAAAGAUUGCUCCUUCUUCCCUUACUUCAUGCUCCUUGCCUUCGAAGGUGGCAGCCUUGUCAGAGCUCUCAUUCUGCUGCUUUCUUGGCCCAUUCUACGUCUUUUGGAUUGGGAGUCCAAAUUGAAGGCCAUGAUUUUCAUUUCCUUUUGUGGGUUACCUAUAAAAAGCAUGGCCAAUGUCAGCUCCACCGUCCUUCCCAACUUCUAUCUCGACAAUCUUAACCUUCACGUGUUUGAGGCUUUCCAAGCCAUUGGGUGCAAGGUUGUGUUCACCAGCGUGCCUAGGGUUAUGGUGGAGGGGUUUCUGAGAAACUAUUUGAAAGUUGAUGACGUUGUAGGGACAGAGUUGCAAACUUGUGGUAACUACUUCACUGGUUUGGUGUCCGGGAGUGGGUUGGUCGUGAAGCACAAGGCUUUAGUGGAGUAUUUCGGAGAAGAAAGAAGGCCCGACGUUGGCAUUGGAGCUCCAGAUCUCCAUGACUAUCCAUUCAUCUCUCUUUGCAAGGAAGCGUAUAUUGUGAACAACGAGGACAGCAAAGGCUGGAGAAGCUCAGUAGUGGGAAGAGAAAGAUAUCCAAAGCCAUUAAUAUUUCACGAUGGAAGAUUGGCGUUUUUACCAACUCCUCUCGCAGCUCUUUGCAUGUUCAUGUGGAUUCCUGUGGGGAUAUUUGUAGCCUUUUUCAGGAUCUGUAUUGGCAUUGUCCUUCCUUACAGAUUAGCCAUUUUGUUAGGGUGUUGGAGUGGGCUACGCAUAACUCUGGAAGGCUACAACAGAACGACAACCCUCGACUCAAAGCAACACAUCUCCAAAAAGGGGGUUUUAUUCGUUUGUAGCCACAGAACACUUCUGGACCCUGUUUUUCUAAGCACUUCAAUGGGGAAGCCGUUGAUUGCAGUGACUUACAGCCUAAGCAAAUUCUCGGAAAUCAUAGCUCCAAUCAAGACGGUGAGGUUGGCAAGAGAUAGAGCAAAAGAUGGGGAAGCAAUGCGGAGAAUGCUAGAAAAAGGGGAUUUGGUUGUUUGUCCAGAAGGGACGACAUGUCGGGAGCCGUAUUUGUUGAGAUUCAGUCCGCUUUUUGCGGAGCUGACGGAUGAAAUCGUGCCUGUGGCUGUGAAUACGAAGGUGAGCAUGUUUUAUGGGACGACGGCGAGUGGGUUGAAAUGGCUGGAUCCCGUAUUCUUCUUGAUGAAUCCGAGGCCGAGUUACCAGAUGGUUGUUCUUCCUAAGCUUCCGAGGGAGUGGACGUGUGGGGGAGGGAAGUCUAGUUACGAGGUUGCUAAUUAUAUUCAAACACAAUUGGCGGAUGUCUUGGGGUUUGAAUGUACCAAGCUUACAAGGAAGGAUAAGUAUCUGAUGUUGGCAGGGAAUGAAGGGUUGGUUGCUUCUUGA